GUGCUUCCCUUCCCCCUCCCCGCCGGAAAAGCCUCCAUUUUCCCACCCCCCGAUUCCACUCUCAACCCUAAAAUCCAGAGCUUCAUUUUCUCUUCCUUCUCACUUAAAUUCCCAUUCCCACCACUCGAACAAAUUAUAACCCUUCCUCCUCCGUACCUGGAUUUGACGUUUUUGUUCUGACGGGAACUGAGAUCGUUGUGGGGUUCUGGGUAUGUUGUUUGUUUGUUUUGUUUCAUGAUCUGGGUUAUUUUUUGUUCUGUAUUGGGUUCACUGGUAUUUGAACGGAGAUGGGGGCGGUGACUUCGUCCAUGGCGGCGAAGUUUGCGUUCUUUCCGCCGAAUCCUCCGUCGUAUAAGGUGGAGGAAGUGGAGGAAGGCAGCGGGAAGCUGGUGAUGACGGAGGUGGUGGCGAGGGGAAACGUCGACGUUUUGAAGCUUAGUACCAAGAGAGGGAACCAGGUUGUGGCCCUGUAUGUAAAGAAUUCAUCGGCUACUUUAACAUUGCUCUACUCUCAUGGGAACGCUGCCGAUUUGGGGCAGAUGUACGAUUUGUUUGUCGAGCUUAGUGUUCAUCUUAGAGUCAACUUGAUGGGGUACGACUAUUCGGGAUAUGGUCAAUCUACUGGAAAGCCAAGUGAGCAGAAUACUUAUGCAGACAUUGAAGCUGUCUAUAGAUGCUUAGUGGAGAGAUAUGGUGCAAAGGAGGAAGAUGUUAUCUUAUAUGGGCAAUCAGUUGGCAGCGGACCGACUUUAGAUUUGGCUACUCGUUUACCAAACUUGAGGGCCAUUGUUCUUCACAGCCCGAUCUUGUCAGGUGUUCGAGUCAUGUAUCCAGUGAAGCGAACAUUCUGGUUCGACAUUUAUAAGAAUAUUGACAAAAUACCAUUGGUCAAUUGUCCAGUUCUUGUAAUUCAUGGAACUGCUGAUGACGUUGUUGAUUGGUCCCAUGGAAAGCAACUUUGGGAUCUUUGUAAAGAGAAGUACGAGCCCUUGUGGAUAAAGGGAGGAAACCAUUGUGACUUGGAACUUUUCCCACAAUACAUAAGACAUCUCAAGAAGUUCAUUUCUGCCAUUGAGAAAUCACAUCUGAGGAGCGGAGUUCUUGGGCUAGUCACGAAUCAGCUCGACAUUCCGAGAAACAGCACGGAUUUCAGAGAAAAAUCUAGACCCAGCUCAGAUCAAAGAGAAAAAACCAGAAUGAGUGUUGAUCAGAGAGAUAAGCCAAGGAUUAGCACAGACUGUAGGGAAAAGGUUAAAGUUGCAAAUGAUAACGGAGAUCGGUCGAGGAAGAUGUUGGAUCGACCAGAGAAAGUGGCAACUGGUGCCGACCAGCCUGAGAAAGCGAGAAACAGCAUCGACCGGUUUGGGGACAUGGUGAGAUCGGUUGGACUAUGCAACAUCGAUUGUUUCAAACCCACGGCAACACAUGUAUAGCGGAGCGGUCACUUGUGUCGACGCGUAAGUGUUAAUGAUUUGUUGGUUGGUUUGGUUUGGUCGAAUAGUCUAAAAAUGGUUGGUUUAGCAUUGAAAGUAAAGGUAGGAAAUUGAUUUAACCAGGAAGUUUGAUUGUGCAUCUUGUUUAUGCUCACAACUAAUAAAUCUAACCCCUCUUCCCUCUUCUUCCUAAGCUUGAUUGUGUAUGGUUUGUGUUAACUUUGUAAUAUCUCCACUUACAGAAAUGGAGUUUCUUCCUUCAGAAGCUUUGUCGUGAACGAGUUUGGAAUGUUCUUACUCUUUGUUUGUUGUGUAAGAUCUAAUUUUAACUUGCGUU